GUGUCCAAACAACAGUCACGAAAGGCGGACGGAUUGCGAGCGAACAGAACGCAGAAUUUGAAAUCCAUCGGUGCGGUGCGGUUUAUAUCUUUUGGAUGCGUGCCCGAACGUCGCGUGGAUUAAUUUCGGGUUCGGCAAUUAACAGUGCCAUUGCUUGUUAUGCAAAUCAGUGAUAUCGAAGCGGUGUAAAUAACCCACAUAAAUGAAAAAUCCCCUGCUCUCGACCCAAACCUUGACCUUGACUCGUGAGCUCAGACGGAUGUCACUUUUCCCAAACCAAAAACACCCAUUCCAAACGACUUUAAGCCAUUGAAAUACUUACAUAUGUUCGAAAACGAGCACCGAAAGGUGUUAAUUUCGGUUCGUUACGUAUACGUAAUGUGACAGGAAAAUAGAAAUGGAAAUUGAAAGCCCGAACAACUGCUGUGCGCGGCAAAUGUAAAUUGAUAGCCAAAGUGUUUGAAAUACAAUUGCUAAAUUCGCGUAGGCAUUUUUCAUAUGUACAAACAAAUACACCCGCACACUUUCCGUAAUUUCAAAUCAAUUAAUCUCAAUUAUUUCGAUCGCUCAAGUGAACAGAAUCGAGGCGAAAAUCAAAAAAGUCUUCGCGCUACAUUAGGUUUCCUCCAAAGUAGAAACCAAAUUUAUAAUCAUUUUUGUACGCUAAUCUUGAUUUCCAUCAGUCACGUAUAAUAUUUCCAACAAAAAUCGCUAAAGCUAAACAGAUGAAAGUAAAAACUAUUAUUAGAAAUUUUGUGCAUAAAUUCCAAGAAAAAAUGUGUUGAAAAUAUGUUAUGAAUGUGAUAAAAAUUAUAAAAAAGCUGGAACAUUUUUAUAAAAGGAAUUUCCCCAACCAAAAACUAGCAUGCCAAAAUGGAGCUGAUUAAAAAAUACCAACAAGGAAAGCUAACCACCAGCGAUAUUCGCUAUCUAAAUCAUAUGGUAAUAUGUCUCAUGGUCCUGAUAGCAGUAUUCUCCAUUCUGUGGAACAUAUCGCUGAACAUGAUAUCGGGAGAUCUGUACGAGGGAAUAGUCAGUGCCAAACUUAUCUUCCGGGAGCGCAGCCUUGAUAAGAUGGAUGAGCCCAGCAAGCAGAUCCUUCAUCGGGAUUUCAUCAAGGCCACCCAGUAUGCCUAUGGAAGGCAUUAUUCCGUGCAGGAUGUCACGCCCGAAUCGCUGAAGAGCGAGAGCCAAAUCUAUAAGUUACCGCAUAUCUAUGAAUCGAUUGAGAAUCGACCGAAGUUGGAGCGUCUGAUUGCUGAAAAGAAAGUGGAGGUUUUGGCAAGCACGACGACUCCUCCGCCGAAAAUUACUUUCAACGCUGAGGCAGAUCGUCACUUUUUGAGCACAAUGUCCAUUGAUGCUACGGCCACUUUUUGGGAACGAGGCCCUGGAGCUCAGUUUGUGUAUGUGUUUCCCCUCAUAUCAGAGAUCGUGGCCAUUAUCUGGACAGCCAUGUGCUUGAUUUAUCAGACAGGCAGCAAAAAGAGCUCAGUUCUGCCGAAGCCAUGGCGCAUUGUGGUGCCCUCCAUUGUAAUAUUCUCGGUGAUGAGUUUGGGCAGCGUAAUCUACGCGAUCCUGACCAAUGGCCAUCUUAGGCGCCUUUGUGGCCAACUGCGGGAGAAUCUCACAGAUCCCACUGCCAUCACUUGCGGCGAUGCCAUCGCCCUGUUGCGUCCCAUCAUCCACGACCACAACGUAUCCCACGAUACAUAUCUGGAGCUCUUCCGCUGCAGCUACGUGAUCGGCAUGGUGCUGUGGAUUGUGGCUCUGCUGGUCAUGGUGCUGCGAUAUGUAUUCGCCGUGGACUUCCAGCUGGUGGACAUUGAUGAUAUGUUCGAUAGCGGACGAAAUGGUGUACAACCGGUGUACACUGAGGUAGUGCAGCAGAGCAGUCCGCAGCAUCAGACGCAGGUGCGCCCGAGAUCGGAGGAUGACUAUCACAGUGCCAGAUCGCGUUUGAGUGAUCUUGCGGUGCCACUUCUGGAGGUGCGGAGCCAGUCUCAGAUUCCGCCAACCAACUUGGCCUAAUCCUGCUGCUGGCCAGCAGAUCAGCAAUCUCAGGUUUAUUUUUAUACGUUGUGUUAGUGUUUAGUAUUUAAUGACUAAGGAAUAUUUUAUCAACUAACCCAA